AUGGGGCGGGAGAAAACGCAGUGUUGUGGCCGGAAAUGGUGUGUCGGUGACGUGUGUGGAAUUAUUUGCGCUGUCAUUACCUGGGGAUUGGUGAUUUACGGAGAGACGUGCAUCUUAUGGGUGAUGAUGUCUUCAUGGGAGCUUCACCCAGUUCAUCAGACGGUUAACUUCAUCAUCUUCAAUUUCUUCGCAAUUAUGGCCCUGACAAGUCAUGCAAAGACAAUGUUGACUGAUCCUGGAGCUGUACCAAAAGGGAAUGCUACAGAUGACUACAUUGAGCGAUUACAAUUGAUGAACGAAAAUAAAGUCGUGUAUAAAUGCCAAAAAUGUUGCUCGAUUAAACCAGAACGCGCCCAUCAUUGCUCCGUAUGUGAAAGGUGUAUCAGAAGAAUGGAUCAUCACUGCCCAUGGGUCAACAAUUGCGUCGGCGAAGGAAAUCAGAAAUAUUUUGUGCUUUUCACGUUGUACAUCGCUUGCCUAUCAAUACACGCACUUUAUUGGGGUGUAUGGCAAUUUGUUGAGUGCGUCGGAUCCGAAUGGGCCACUUGUCCAGCAUUAUCACCGCCCGCUACUACGCUACUUUUGAUUUUUCUACUCUUCGAAGGAGUCCUAUUUGCUAUUUUUACUGGCGUGAUGUUUGGUACCCAGAUCUCCGCCAUUUGCUCAGAUGAAACCGCCAUCGAGAGUCUUAAACGGGGCGAUUGCGAGAAGGUUCGUGGCUCAUCUUGGAAAAAUCUACAGAUGGUCUUCGGUGGCCCGUUUUCUUGGAGAUGGCUUUCACCGCUUGUCGAACCCUAUGCUACAAAAGCGACCUUUGAGUAUUCCGUG